AAGAUGUGGCUGGCAGUAGCAGUGACGUUUGUGAUCCAUGGAACUCAAUCAGUGCAAGAACCGUUUGAAGAUAAUCAUAAUAUUAAUCCUGAAGUAUGGAUGAAUAUUACUGAAAUGAUCUCCUACAGAGGAUACCCAGCUGAGGAGUAUAAUGUUGAGACAGAAGAUGGCUAUAUCCUUACUAUUCAAAGAAUUCCACACGGGAAAGAGAAUGAGAAUGAUAUAGGUCCAAAGCCUGUUGUGCUUCUGCAGCAUGGUUUGCUUGCAGAUGCCAGCAACUGGAUCACUAAUAUGGCUAACAAUAGCCUAGGCUUCAUUCUAGCAGACGCUGGCUAUGAUGUUUGGAUGGGAAAUAGCAGGGGGAAUACCUGGUCUAAACAACAUAAAACCCUUUCCGUGAAGCAAAAGGAAUUCUGGGCUUUCAGCUAUGAUGAAAUGGCUAAGUAUGACCUUCCAGCAGUGAUACAUUUCAUUGUGCAGAAAACUGGACAAGAGCAACUGUAUUAUGUUGGCCAUUCCCAAGGCACCACUAUAGCUUUUAUAGCCUUUUCAACUAUGCCGCAGCUGGCAAGAAGAAUCAAACUAUACUUUGCCUUAGCUCCAGUAGCCAGUACCAAACAUGUUAAAUCUCCAUUGGCAAAGCUGACAUUAUUCAGUGAUACAGUUAUCAAGAUGCUUUUUGGAAGUAAAGAAUUCUUACCAAACACUUAUUUUGAUGAAGUGAUUUCUGCUGAAAUUUGCAGCCGUCCCAUAUUUAAAAAGCUCUGCACCAAUGUCAUGUUUAUAUUGGCUGGGUUUGAUCCAGGCAAUUUAAAUAUGAGUCGAGUGGAUGUAUAUACAGCACAUGCCCCAGCUGGAACGUCAGUGCAAAAUAUGAUUCACUGGAAACAGAGUAUUCAAAGUGGGGUACUGAGAGCUUAUGAUGGAGGAACAGACUAUAACAUGGCCCACUAUAACCAGAGAACUCCAUUCAUCUACAACGUAACAGACAUGAAAGUGCCAACUGCAGUGUGGAGUGGCAAAAAAGACUGGCUUGCCACUCCUAUGGAUGUUGACUUUCUGCUCCAAGAAAUCAGGAAUCUCACUUACCACAACAGGAUUCGUAACUGGAACCAUUUGGAUUUUCUUUGGGGUCUUGAUGCCCCUGAGUUCCUGUAUAAGGAAAUGAUCAACUUGAUGAAGAAGUAUCCAUAG